UUGCUUUUUGCCAUUCACAUCGAAACUGAAAAAAAUAAAAGAUAAUUUUUAUUUAUAAAUUUGUAAAAUAAAAUGCCGAAAUAUUAUUGCGAUUAUUGUGACACAUACUUGACGCACGACUCGCCCUCCGUGCGCAAGACACAUUGCACUGGACGCAAGCACCGCGACAAUGUUAAAUUCUACUACCAGAAGUGGAUGGAGGAGCAGGCUCAGCAUUUGAUUGAUGCCACCACUGCGGCGUUUAAGGCUGGAAAGAUAACCAACAAUCCGUUUGCCAGUGGACCCACAGCAGCGCCACCGAAGCCAGCGGGAGUCUCAAUACCUCCUCCCAAUAUGGGAGCACCACCACGUCCGGGUAUGCCAAGUAUGCCCUACAUGCCGCCGAUGAUGAAUCCCAUGAUGACGGGCAUGCGUCCACCGCCAAUAAUGAAUCCCAUGGCUAUGAUGGGACCACCACCGCCUCUCGGCACAAUACCAGGUGUGCGCCCGCCCAUUAUGAAUGGACCAAAGUGACAUGGUUCCUACGCUGAGCAACUUUCGCCCACUGGAGGAUUGACAGCCAACGAACCUAUAAAAAACAAUUGUAAUUAAGUAGAUACGCUAAGAUAACUAAUAGAAAUCAAUUCGUAUAAAAUAAAAAUGCAUUUUAUAAUAAUAAAUCUCUACUUGCAGUGGAAACCAAGAUUA